GAAACAGCAAACAGUCCAAUGAACACCUACUAUAACACCUCACUCUCCUGCUCUCCACUCUCACUCUCUUACAAAGAAUUCAGGCGCCACCACCUGAUACGCGCCACCCACCUACAUACGCGUCACCGCUAGUAUUCUCUACUUAGCUAUAUAAACUUCACCAUUUGUAUUCUUUAUAUAGCACUUCCUCUUGUUUCUGAACAUGGGCUGCACGGCGUCGAAGCUAGACAACGAGGACACAGUACGGCGGUGCAAGGAGCGCCGCCGCCUAAUGAAAGAAGCAGUCUACGCCCGCCACCACCUAGCUGCUGCACACGCAGACUACUGCCGUUCACUCCGAGUCACUGGCUCAGCUCUAUCCAGUUUCGCAGCUGGUGAAUCCCUCUCUGUUUCUGACCAAACCCCUGUUGUUAUCCUCCACCCUCCUACAGCAACCAGCCCAACUCCUCCUAGCAAUCCUAUCCCUCCACGUGUACCACCUUCCCCUUCCCCCUCUCUCCACGCUCCACCACCUCCUCGUCCAUUUUCUCCUUCUAUAGCUAGCUCUAAACCUCCACAUAUUGUUUCUUCUUCAAAUAUUCACUCUAAGUCUAACCGCCACCGCCGCGUCAAGCCUCAGAAGCUUCCUCAUAUUCUUUCAGAAUCAAGCCCGUCAGUCUCUCCGAAAUCGAAUUAUGAUUAUCCAACUGCUUUUCAAAAUCAUUCAACUUAUUCUACAACGCCUUCUCAAGCUUCUUCUGUAUGGAACUGGGAAAACUUCUACCCUCCUUCCCCUCCAGACUCAGAAUUCUUCGCUCGAAAAGCCAACCACAACCACAACCAACAGCAACAGCGUCCCCAUUUAGAUACUGAUGAUGGGUCGUCAUCAGAUGCAGAUGAGGAUGUUGCAACAGAGAGAUUCUCAGAGUAUGACUUCUUUAACGAAAAGCAAUACACACAGCAUAAGAAGCAGCAACAACAAAAUUAUAGCGAGACGGAGCAAGAGGAAGUUCAAUGCAGUGAAUGGGGAGAUCAUGAUCAUCUCAGCAACUCAACAACAUCAUCGGAUGAGGAUAAUGAUACCGAGUCCAGAUCCGAGAUCGGAACCCAGUCCAAUUUCGGGCCAGUCAAGCAUCCUUCGCAGCAACAAUCACAUCCACAACAAUCUGAUAAUGCUUUUGGUAAGUUGGAUAACAAGUCUGAGGCGGGAUCCUCGACGACCAGUUACAGGACUGGAGAGGUUUCUAAUAUGAAAAUGGUUGUCAGACAUAAGGAUUUGAAAGAGAUUGUUGAGGCUAUCAAGGAUAAUUUUGACAAGGCGGCUGCUGCUGGAGAUCAGGUUUCCGAGAUGCUUGAGAUCGGUAGAGCUCAGCUCGAUAGAAGUUUCCGGCAAUUGAAGAAGACUGUGUAUCAUUCGAGUAGUGUUUUGAGCAACUUGAGCUCGAGUUGGACUUCAAAGCCACCGUUGGCCGUGAAGUAUCGACUCGAUACCGGUUCACUGAUUGAACCUGGUGGUCCAAGAAGUCUUUGUUCAACCGUAGAGCGGUUGUUGGCCUGGGAGAAGAAACUCUACGACGAAGUUAAGGACAGAGAAGCUGUUAAAAUUGAGCAUGAGAAGAAGCUGUCUACUCUACAAAGUCAGGAAUACAAGGGGGAUGAAGCAAAGCUAGACAAGACCAAAGCUGCAAUAACAAGACUGCAAUCUCUGAUUAUCGUUACAUCUCAGGCUGUUUCUACGACCUCAACGGCCAUCAUUGGACUUAGAGACAGUGAUCUUGUUCCUCAGCUAGUUGAACUCUGUCAUGGGUUCAUGUACAUGUGGAGGUCAAUGCAUCAAUACCAUGAAGUUCAGAACCACAUUGUGCAGCAAGUCCGUGGCCUUGUGAACCAAUCAGCCAAGGGUGAUUCAACUUCUGAAUUGCACAAGCAGGCUACACGUGACCUUGAAUCAGCUGUUUCUGCUUGGCACUCCAGUUUCUGCCACCUGAUAAAGUUCCAACGGGACUUUAUUCAAUCCAUCCAUGGCUGGUUCAAGCUCACCCUUAUUCCUGUAAGCAGUGACAACAUGAACGCCAACAUGGAACCCUCUGAUGUAUAUGCCUUCUUUGAUGAGUGGAAGCUUGCCAUUGACCGUGUCCCUGACACGGUUGCUUCCGAAGCCAUCAAGAGCUUUAUCAAUGUUGUUCAUGUGAUAUCUACGAAACAAACUGAAGAGCUCAAGAUUAAAAAGCGAACCGAUACUGCAUCAAAGGAGCUGGAAAAGAAGGCUUCCUCUCUUCGCAGCUUAGAAAGAAAGUUCUACCACUCAUACUCCAUGGUUGGCAUUGGACUUCCUGAUACUGGUGGAUCUGAUAAUGGACAGUUUUUGGAUGCUCGUGAUCCACUGGCUGAAAAGAAAUCAGAGCUUGUAGCCUGUCAGAGGCGUGUGGAAGAUGAAAUGCUGAGGCAUGCUAAGGCAGUAGAGGUGACAAGAGCAAUGACACUAAAUAACCUUCAGACAGGCCUCCCUGGAGUUUUUCAGGCAUUGACCAGUUUUUCUUCCUUGUUUAUGGAGGCACUUGAAUUGGUAUGCAGCCGUUCCUACGCCAUCAAAUAGCAUACAUAAUUUUUCUACUUGGAUCUUCGCGUUAAGCUGGAAUUUCAUAAGGGCUGGGAAUUUUUUGGCUGUGAGCUCUUAUGAUUAUUGUCAUUAUUUUCUUGGGGGGAUUUUUGACAUGUAAAUAUAUGGGACUUUUUGGCGGUUUGGUCAUCCUUCUAAGUUUAAAGAGAGUGAAAUGUCUCUCUGUACAGGAAUUUGCUUGGAUUGUAGUAUCAGGGUUUCACAAUUUCAGCCUGAUUAAUAAAUUAAUACUUCUUUUUCCUCA